AUGUCUCCCCAGCAGAAAUCUCUCUUCAGCAGAACAUCCGUCUCCUCAGCAGAACAUCAGUCCCUCAGCAUGAACAUCCGUCCCCUCAGCAAACAUCCAGUCCCCUCAGCAGAACAUCCGUCUCCUCAGCAGAAAUCCCAGAACAUGUCUCUCCUCAGAGAACAUCCGUCCCCUCAGCAGAACAUCGAACCAGUCCCUCAGCAGAACAUCCGUCCCCUCAGCAGAACAUCCGUCUCCUCAGCAGAACAUCAGUCCCCUCAGCAGGAACAUCCACAGAACAUCGUCCCCUCAGAAGAACAUUCGUCUCCUCAGCAGAACAUCCGUCCCCUCAGCAGAACAUCCGUCUCCUCAGCAGAACAUCAGUUGCCCUCAGCAGAACAUCCGUCCCUCAGCAGAUCAUCCGUCUCCUCAGCAGAACAUCAGUCCCCUCAGCAGAACAUCAAUCUCCUCAGCAGAACAUCCGUCCUCUCACCAGAACAUCCGUCCCCUCAGCAGAACAUCAAAAACAUCGUCUCCUCAGCAGACAUCCGUCCCCUCAGCAGAACAUCCGUCUCCUCAGCAGAACAUCAGAUCAGCUUCCCCUCAGCAGUCCCUCACAGAACAUCAGUCCCCUCAGCAGAACAUCCCCUCAGCAGAACAUCCGUCUCUCAGCAGAACAUAGCAGAACAUCAGUCCCCUCAGCAGAACAUUCCGUCCCUCAGCAGAACAUCCGUCCUCCAGCAGAACAUCCGUCCCUCAGCAGAACAUCAGUCAGCAGAACAUCCGUCCCUCAGCAGACAUCCGUCCCCUCAGCAGAACAAUCCGUCCCCUCAGCAGAACAUCGUCCCUCAGCAGAAACAUCCGUCUCCUCAGCAGAACAUCCGUCUCCUCAGCAGAACAUCCGUCCCCUCAGAGAACAUCCAGAACAUCAGCAGAACAUCAGUCAGCAGAACAUCAGUCCCCUCAGCAGAACAUCAGUCCCUCAGCAAUCAGUCCCUCAGCAGAAUUUCAGUCCUCUCUGCACAACAUCAGUCCCCAGCAGAAAUCAGUCCCCCUCAGCAGAACAUCCCCUCAGCAGAACAUCACAGAACAUCAGUCCCCUCAGUAGAACAUCAGUCCCCUCAGCAGAACAUCAGUCCCCUCAGCAGAACUUCAGUCCCCUCGCAGAACAUGUCCCCUCAGCAGAAAUCAGUCCCCUCAGCAGAACAUCAGUGCCCUCAGCAGAACAUCCGUCCCCUCAACAGAACAUCCGUCCCCUCACAGAACACCAGUGCCCUCAGCAAAUGCCUUUCAUGCCCGAAGCGCAUCUGGCAUCAGUGCCGCGUCUCUGCCCUGUCCCGCCAGUGCCAGUGUCCUCAGCAUGCGGCACUUGGGACGCUGAAGAGGCAGGAGGGAAUCAGUUUGAAAUAA